UUCAGAUUUCUUUAAAAAGUAUAGCAAACAACAGGAGUACGUCGCUACGUUUACAACAGUACAAGUUACUAAUAUUAUCAUUUAACAAUGACUACUUACACGGACAAAGGUAAAAAGCCUGUUGGUGGAAAAUUUUUAAGUUUCGAUCAUGUAAAAUUCUGGGUUGGAAAUGCAAAACAGGCAGCUAGCUUUUAUUGUGCAAGGAUGGGAUUUGAACCACUUGCUUAUCGUGGCUUAGAAACUGGUUCAAGGAAUACAGCAGCACAUGCUGUUAAACAAAAUCAGAUAAUAUUUGUUUUCGAAUCAUCUUAUGAACCCGGAAACAAAGAAAUGGGGAAUCACCUUUCUCAGCAUGGUGACGGUGUCCGUGACAUUGCUUUCAGAGUCGAAGAUAUCGAUACCAUCGUUAUGGUAGCAAAACAAAAAGGUGCAAAAAUUAUAAGAGACAUAUGGGAAGAAAAAGAUGAGUUUGGUGUUAUUAAAUUUGCCACGUUGAAAACCUAUGGAGAUACCCAUCAUACUUUGGUUGACAGAAGUAAAUAUAAGGGAUUCUUUCUACCAGGAUUUAUAAAAGCUUCAGAAGAUGUACUUAUUAAACAUUUGCCAGCAACCCAUUUAAAAUUUAUAGAUCACAUUGUAGGUAAUCAAGCUGAUAAACAAAUGGAACCUGUUGCUAAAUGGUAUGAAGAAUGUUUACAGUUUCAUAGAUUUUGGUCGGUAGAUGAUAGUCAAUUACAUACCCAAUAUUCUGCAUUACGUUCUAUUGUUAUGACUAAUUGGGAGGAGACUGUUAAAAUGCCAAUUAAUGAACCAGCAUCUGGUAAAAAACGUUCUCAAAUUCAAGAAUACGUUGAUUAUUAUGGUGGUGCUGGUGUACAGCAUAUAGCUUUAAAUACUAAUAAUAUAAUAACAGCUAUACAAAAUUUACGUUCAAGAGGAAUGGAAUUUCUUAAUGUACCUGAUAGUUAUUACGAUAUGCUUCGAGACCGUUUGAAAAAUAGUAAACUCAAAAUUACAGAAGAUUUGAAAAUAUUACAGGAAUUAAAAAUUUUAAUCGACUAUGACGAAAAUGGUUAUUUACUACAAAUUUUUACUAAGAAUAUGCAAGAUCGACCAACUCUCUUCAUAGAAGUUAUUCAAAGGCAUAAUCAUAAUGGGUUUGGUGCUGGAAAUUUCCAAGCUUUAUUUGAAGCAAUUGAACUUGAACAAGCUAAGCGAGGCAAUCUGUAAUAUAUAUAUUGUGGAAAAUGUUAUUGUAUUGAUAAAUAACAAUCAGAUAAUUAUAAUAUAGCAUUUUAAGUAUGUUAUUACAUAUAUUUUACAAUAGAUCAAUUAUAUUAUUUUGUACAAGUGCAAGCAUAUGUGCAUGUAUUGUACAUCUUAUAUUGCAUAUAUUACAUAUUCAUGAAUUCCUGCUAGCCGAUUAUCAUAUCAUUUACUAUAAUAUGCAAUUGUAAAUAAAAUUGAAAUGAAAAUGUGUGUGAUAAAUAUAUAAUCAGGCAACCAACCCUACAUAUUAAAUCUCUUAAUUAUUAAUAUGCGUGUGAGAGUUAUAAAAGUAGAAAGCAUUAGGAAAAGAAAUAUAUAUUUUUUUGUUUUAUAACUUUGAUGACAUUGUAUUAUAUCACUAUUACGGUAAGUGUCCUAUUAAGAGAGAUACUGCAUUUAUUAAUAGCAUAUUAUUUUGUUAGUAUUAGACAACGAAAACAAAAGGAAAUUGAAGAAAACCACAAUUAUUAAACUGUAUUUAUUCUUAAAUGUUUUUUUUUUCUUUUCUUUUUUUCUUAUGGCCAAAAUGUAAGCAGAUAAUUUUCAUAUAAAAACUGGGAUAUUUAGAUAAAGUGGAAUAAUAUGCAAUGACAAAAAAGAUAGAGUAAUAUGAAAAAA